UAAUGUUUUUGGUAAGAACGAGAACAAAAAAUUUUCGUUUCAUCAAAAACAUUAACAUUUAUGCCAAUACAAAACGUAAUACAGAAUUGAAAAAAAUGGAUGAUAUUAUUGAACAAGCAACAGAAAAUCGUCAAAAAGAAUAUGAUAAAUUUCGUUCAUAUUUUUCAACAAUUGUUGAUUCAUUAUGUGAAAAUAAACAACAAUCAUCAUCAUCAUCAUUUCCAAACAUUUCAAUUGUUAGUGAUUGGUGUAGAAAAAUGCUUGAUUAUAAUGUACCAGAAGGAAAAUUAAAUCGUGGUUUAUCUGUUGUUAUAUCAUAUCGUAUAUUAUGUCCAACGGCAAAUGAAAAUGAAAUGAAUCAAGCAAGAUUAUUAGGCUGGUGUAUGGAAAUGUUUCAAACAAGUUUUCUAUUAAUCGAUGAUAUUAUGGAUCAAUCAAUUACUCGACGACGAAAACCUUGUUGGUAUCGUUUGCCUGAUGUUGGAAUGAUUGCCUGUAAUGAUGCGAUAUUAUUGGAAUGUUUUAUCUAUCAAUUAUUGUCGGAACAUCUUGAUAAACAUCCUUGUUAUUUGAAUAUAAUCAAUAUGUUUCAUAAAGGUUUUCGUAUUACAUCGAUUGGUCAAUGUAUGGAUGUAUUGACAGAAAAAUCAUUAAAUUGUAAUAAAAAUCAUGGAAUAUUAAUGGAAAAUAAUUUUGAAAAUUUUAAUCUUGAACGUUAUAAAGAAAUUGUUGCACAUAAAACUGCAUUCUAUUCAUUUGUUCUAUCCAUACGAUUAGCAUUAUAUUUGGCUAAUUUUAAUGAUGAAAAUUUACAUUUAAAAAUUGAAAAAAUUUUAAUGGAUAUUGGUGAAUUAUUUCAAAUACAGGAUGAUUUUUUGGAUUGUUUCGGUAAUCCAGAACAAAUGGGUAAAAUUGGUACCGAUAUUAAAGAUGGUAAAUGUUCAUGGUUAAUUGUACGUGCAUUAAAAUUAGCUAAUGAACAACAACGUUUAUUAUUAAUAAAACAUUAUGGCCAUGAAAAUGAUGAAAAUUUAAUUAAAGAUUUAUAUAGACAAUUAAAUCUAAUACAAGAAUAUCAACAUUAUCAUUGUCAAACAUUGGCUAAAAUUAUUGAAAAUAUUGAACAAUUUCAACAACAACAACAACAACAACAAUCGGAUAAAUUGAUACCAAUCAAAUUAUUCAAUGAACCUUUGACACAUGUAUUGAUGGAACGUGAUUGUUAAAUUACUAAUUAAUAGCUCUUUUGAUAUGAUUAGUUUAGUUGA